AUGGAUCCUCCAUGGAGGCAAGAGGUAGAUCGGUUCUGUUACCAAUACCUUCAGCUAGAGUCCAUUCUUGACUAUCCUCAAGACAAGUUUCUCCGUUUGGAAGAUGUUCAGGAUGACAUCUACAAGCGUAUCUUUUGUGAUGAGACGGGUAGUGUCGGGCCCCCAGACAGAUAUCGCAUCAAAAUUUUGAAGGAACUUGUGUUCCGAAUAGAGUCUGCCAUAGACGAUUGGGAUAGAUAUGCGGUAUCAGAUGAUAUCAUGAACACACUAUCGGCACUUCUGGCCACUCCCAUGCCACCAGAUGCUGUAUCAGCGCAAAAGAAGUGCUAUGUAACAUAUCACCUGUCCUUGCUUGGGCGUGAGACGCAGUCAAAGACGGCCGCUCCACAUCCGAGCAUCACACUCCUCGAAAAUCGAAACCUAAUUGCCGCGGGCGGUACUACGGGCCACAGGACCUGGGAGGCGGCAUUGCAAUUGGGACAAUACCUGUGCCAAAAUCCGUCACUUGUCGCAGGAAAACGCGUGCUGGAAUUGGGUGCUGGUACCGGAUACCCGUCUAUACUCUGCGUGAAGCAUUUGCAAGCAGCACACGCCAUUGCUUCGGAUGGAUCCGACGACGUCAUUAACAACCUGCCGGAUAAUUUGUUCCUCAACAGCCUCCAGGACUCGUCGAAAAUCACCCUGAUGGAUAUCAAAUGGGGACACGCAUUGGUUGGCACGGAGGAUGAGAAAUGGAAUGGCGGCCAGCCAGUCGAUGUCGUGCUGGGUGCUGAUAUCACGUAUGAUGAUCGAGUUAUGCCGGCCUUGGUCGCGACGCUUUUCGACCUCUUUGGGAUGUAUCCAAGUGUUCAAGUAUACAUAUCGGCAACCGAACGAAACGCAGAGACAUACCAGGCGUUUCUGAAGGUGUGCAGACAGCGAGACCUGGCUGUGGAGGAUCUGCACGUUGAUUUGCCUCCUCGAUCGCAGCAGAAUGGCCCGUUUUUCGAUGACCAACUGGCGAUACACUUGUGCAGGGUGGCUAGAAUUUGA